AUGGACCGACGCGGCAGGCCAGUCGUCCCUUUAACCCAGCACGCCAACAAGGAGCCUGAGGCGAGAGCAUCGGAAGAAAACGACGAAGACGAGUCGCUGUUGUAUUCGCACGGAGGUCGAUCUCAAGAGCGAAAGAAGAGCUUAUCACGAAAGAUCUGGACUGCAGUUCUGGUCGUUGGUUCCAUGGCGUGCUGCUUUGCUGGCGGUUUCAUGGUGCGAGAUCUGACGCUGCCUCUUGUGUGGAACUUUGACAACUACGAGACUCUCCCCGCCGAUAUCCAGAACCUCCUACUCAAGAACGGCGAUGCCCGCAUGGCCUUCCAGAAAGACACGAAAACGCCCACCACCCGCGGCGAGGAGGCGUCCCCUCCGCUGUGGCACCAAGCCCCCAGCGCCGAGUCGGACAAGUACUGGGACGACAACUUCAUGAUCAAGGACAUGUUCCUCAUCACGGCCGAUGACAUGCGGCGGCUGGGCAAGGACCCCGACAAACACGUGAGCAUCCCGGGCGACUGGGGCUACGGCGACAGGCGGUACCUGACGCGCUUCGACCACACGCACCAGCUGCACUGCCUCGACGCCCUGCGGCGGGUCGUCUUCGCCGGGCACAACGGCAUCAACACGUCCAGCGCCGCCGAGAUGAACCACUUCGAGCACUGCGUCUGGAGCAUCCUCGACUACCUGACCUGCCACGUCACCUACGACACCUACAACUACGUCUGGAUGGACGACUUUGCCCAGCCCGUCCCCGACCACACCAGCCGGCGGCAGUGCAGGGACAUGAAGCCGCUGACAGACUUUUACCACCGGGGAUCGGUCCACGAUGACGCCAGGAUUCGGUACCUGGUCGCGCAGGAGGACAAGGGGGAUUUUGUCCACCCCAUCGCGGCGGAUCGAAAGGCGUUUAAUGAUGAGGUCCUGGCUAUCAGUGGUGAUCCUGGGGUCUACGGGAGCGAGGCGAGGGCGCGGGCGAGGAAGGUCAAGCUUGACGGCGCAGUGGCGGAGUACGAGGCCACUGGGACCAUUCCUCGGGUCGAAAAGGACGCUCCGGCCUGGCCUUAG